ACGAGUCCCGGCAGCCUUUGCGAGAGCGGCUGCUCUUUUUUUCCACCCCCCCUCCCACUCUUGGACAGCGCCGGGCUCCGGGUAUUGCAGAAGGCCCCUCGGAUCCGUCUCUCUGCGGGCAUCGCCAGAAGAGGGGGGGGUCUGCCCAGAAGUCCCCAAAGGAGGAGAGGUCGCCGCCCCCCCACGUCCCACCCACAAGGGGGGGCAGCAAGACCCCCACCACUCAUACCAGUGUCCUGGUGAGCAUCUGGCAACCCUGGACUCCCCCCCGGACUGUGGGACCUGGAUGGACACCUCGGAGACCAACAGCACGACGGAGGAGGAAGAGGAGAAAAUGGCGGCCGAGCAGCGUCCCAGAACUCGGUCCAACCCGGAGGGGGCCGAAGACCGGACCCUCAGCAUGCAGGCCAGUGUGGGGAGCCGGAGCGAAGGGGAGGGGGAGGCGGCCAGCACCGCUACCAGCCCCCCCAGUGCUGCCGUCCAGGCCCCCAACGGCAAGACCUGGCUGGCUCCAACCCCUCCCUCCGAGUUCCAGGUCCGGACCCCACGGGUGAACUGCCCAGAGAAAGUGAUCAUCUGCCUGGACCUCUCGGAGGAAAUGUCCCACCCGAGGCUGGAGUCCUUCAACGGGCUGAAGACCAACGCCCUCAACAUCUCCCAGAAGAUGAUCGAGAUGUUUGUCCGCACCAAGCACAAGAUCGACAAGAGCCACGAGUUUGCGCUAGUGGUGGUGAACAACGAUGUCACUUGGCUCUCCGGCUUCACCUCCGAGCCCAGAGAGGUCUGCAGCUGCUUGUACGACCUGAAGACCACCCCGUGCAAAUCCUUCAAUCUGGAAGGGCUUUUCAAUCUGAUACAGCAGAAGACGGAGCUGCCGGUGACGGAGAACAUCCAGACUAUCCCGCCCCCCUACGUGGUCAGGACCAUCUUGGUCUACAGCCGUCCUGCUUGCCAGCCGCCCGUGGUGGUGACCGACCAGAUGAAGAAAAUGCUCCAGUGCCCCUACUUCUUCUUCGAUGUGCUCUACAUCCACAACGGGGCUGAGGACAAGGAGGAGGAGGUCACCUGGAAGGUAAAUCCAGACCCCCUGGGGUCUCGUUUAUUUCCCCUUCAUUCUCCCCCAAGGGACGCUUUCGACCAGGGGUCCCCAACCGGGGCCCCUUGA